AUGACCUCUUCGGAUUCUCAGCACUCAUUGCUGUCCGAACAAUCUUUAUACAGUCGGCCCCAACGGUCAUGGAACCCCCUCGGCCGCUCCUCCCCCGAACCCUACCUCUACCACCCAGCAUCGCACGACAGCUGGUCCGAAGAUGCCCUACGAGACAUAGGGCUAGGCAUUUCCAAUACACACGGGGAUGCCAUCCCACUGAGCGAAAGUCACACUCCCAAGCGCGAUUCAAUUGACAGCGACGCGACCACAACCCCAGCCCACAAAACCCCGCAGACUCCGUCUCCACAUGUACGCUGCGCCAAUCGAGGGACGGUGCUCCAGAAACGGCUCGCGUGGGUUCCCUUGACGGUUUUCGUUCUCGCUGUCUAUGCGACAGUGUUUUCGGGCAUUUAUCUUGCGAUCGCACUGUGCAAGCCACGAUGGAGCAGAAUAUCAAGCGAUGGGCCGCUGGCGCCCUCCACAGCCAACUUGUUAAGUGCAUUCUUUGCGAAGACGAUAGAACUCGCCUAUGUCACUGUCUGCGUGGCGUUUCUGGGUCAAGUGCUUAGUCGCAGGGCUUUGAUGACCGAUUCGCGCGGGAUCAGUAUCUCGGAUAUGAAUAUGAGGGCGUGGAUCAUGCAGCCAGGCUCGAUGAUUGUGCACUGGGAAACUCUGCGAUACUCGGCUCUGACCUUCCUUGGGGCCAUCGCUUUGGUUGCUACUUUCGUUGCUAUGCUUUACACAACUGCAGCACAGGCUUUGGUUGCUCCGAAGCUCUCGCUUGGCUCGGUAAAACCAACAAUACUGCAAGGCAAGGUCGUCGCCAGCUUUGCCAACCCAGAAUACGUCGGUCCAAUGUGUCAAACGCCUGUGACCAACGAAAUGGAUCCAAUCAACCGCAAUACGACCUGUCUUCAAAUCGAGCACGCUGGUAAAGCCUAUCACAACUACGAACAAUGGCUAAACAAGUGGGCGGACCUGGUUCACAGCGACAAUGAGACAUCCUCCGAUCUACACAAAAGGCCCAAGCCAACAGGCUCGAUAUGGGACAACACAACCGUAACAGGCAGCUGGAUCGAAGUCCAAGAUAUGACCACCCUCUCCAAAAAGCACAAUCGAAUGAUCAACAACGUAACAAUGGCAAUGCCGCACGGCGGAAUCCCCAACACAGCAAUGGACCCCAAAAACAAAAUCAAGCAACCAAACAGCCAAGCAGACUCCGCCUCCGGCGAAGGAAAAUACAACAUAGAAGCCUCAGUUCCCUCCCCAGCCGUCAACGUCCUCUGCGCCGGAAUGUCAGAAAAAGAACUCCAACCCCUAGUCUACACAUCCUGGCCCGGAGGCUCAAAAUUCAACACAACAACCUGGUCCGGCAGUCCUCCAGAAGAUAUCCCCAAAACCGGAUAUCUGAAUCGAACCGUCGUAGACGACAUCUUCCAAUUCGGUCCCUCCCACGGCCAAGUGCCCCCAGUCUUCGGCAAGUUUCCAAAACCAUAUAAUACAAUCCUCAACGCCACGGGCCUAUAUCCUGCAAACGCAAUCUAUCUACUGGGUGCUUCGCCACCGGAUACCGAACCGGAGUACGUGAUGUGCGCUCUUCGCGCGAAGCAAACUGGUCACUGCUCGACGAAGUACAAUGCGGGAUCUAGUGGUGCAGCACUAGAUACCAGAUGCGAAGACCCAUCCAAUGACCUCGAGUACGCACGUCGACAACCUGGAUUCAUAGACGGCGUCUGGGAAUCAGACUGGAAGAACGUUGCGUCGGAAUGGGCUAAUUCGCUAAGUCUUGGUGCUGGCAUUUCAGACGGUGCCGCUAGCAAUGCGCGUCUGUUGAUGCAGAUGGUGCCUCGGUAUGACGGGGGCUAUGCGCUUGACGCAAAUAUGCCUAGCAUUGCAGAAGCGCUUGCUGUUAUGGCUGGGUGUACUUUGAUAUUGAGUUCGCAGGAUGCGCCAUUCUAUCACUUUUGGAAUUAUACUGAGCAUGUUCUUGGUGAGGCUGUUUAUCAGCGGUUUAAUGGAACAGUUCAGGCUGUUAGUUAUGCGUCUGGAGCAGCGGAGAAGUGGCAGGGGAUAUUUUUUGUGAUAUUGGUAUUCGCGUUCUUGACUAGUGCUGUUUGUUUGGGAUUUAUGAUUGUUGAAGCUAGGGGACGGCAAGUGACUGAUUUCACGGAGCCGCAGAAUCUGUUCGCGCUUGCGGUGAAUAGUCCGCAGAGUUCGCGGUUGGAAGGGGCUUGUGGGUGUGGGCCUUGUGGGAAGCAGUUGAAGGAGAGGUGGUUUAUUGGGAUGCAGGAGAAUGAUGAGCACUAUUAUAUUGGGACGAAGGGGGAGGAGAAGCCUUUGCUUGAAAGGAGAGGAGGGCUUGAGCCUAUGGGCGAAGGGGGUGAAAGGGGGAUGGUGAGUCCGAUGGUGAAUGAGUUUCGAAAGGUGUCGAAGAGGACGUCGUUUUUGGCGAAGCUCUACUGA